AUGUCUUACAUGAACAGAACUGAAGAAGAGCUUCUUGCAGCAGAGGCCCUGAUUGAACUAUUCGGCUCCCAGCCACCAGUUCAAUACAGCGCCAAUUCACUAGACGAUGUCAUGAGCAACGAGGAAGAUCCAGAGGCCAUCGAGGCGGCCAACAUAUUGGUCUCGCUUCGCCAGAAUCCACCUAUUGCAGAUCCACCAGCUCCAUCAACUUGGUUCAGCAAUCUUCUCCGCCACCGCCCUCUGAGAAAUUUCGUUCAAGCAGGUUUGGCGACCUCCACCCUUGACGUUGAAGCGGAGCAUAAGAUCGAGGCGGUUCUGAAGGCCAUGACAACCCGCAGUUGCGUGCAAGAAGCCUUGUGGUAUUUGGAAGGCAACGAAUGGGACGUCAAGGAGGCGAUCAAACAGUAUGAAUCUGACGAGAGCCUGCGAUCCGCCAACGCUGCUCAGAUCUAUCAGCAAUUGAACCAACAGGCGAACGCUAUCUCGAGUCAAGCCUUCCAGCCUUCGAUGCUAGCCUUUCCCAUCCCGGCGCGGUCUGGUGAUGGCAAGGGCAGCCGGGUGGUUCGACUUCCCGGUUCUGAGUUAUUUGAUGCGAACAACGCAGAUCAUAUGCGAGCAUUGAAUCAGUGGCGUAACGACAUCUCGAGGUACUACAACGGGCCACCGGAUAUCCCGGCAGCUGUGAAGCGGACGCGGUACACGAAGUUCGAAGAGCGACUGGUCCGCAACGCGUUUGGCGAGCACAUCGAUGAGUUCAAGCAAGGUGCUCCGCCAAACACUCAAGCCAUCACACGCUUCUACAACGAGGUGUUCCAGGGUCGGUACCUUCCCGGCGAGAUCAACCCCUGCCCGGAGCGAAAGGGCAACUUCAUCACUACCUACAUCGACCGCAAGUUCAAGUUGGACGACCAGGGGAACCGAAUCCAGACCUUGGGCAACUAUCACGCUGCGCUGAAAAUCCAAGCUGUCAGACAGCAGGAGCAGGUGGAGUACGAUGCGAGACGAGCCCCGGGAGCACGUGUGUCGGGCAUUGACGAUGGGGAGGAGGACCUCAUGCCAAUGGAGGUAGAUUGA